AUGCUUCCAAAGUGCCUAGUUUUCGUUUUUGUUAUCUCGGCGGCGCUUGUCACAUAUGGAUAUUCGACAUCGGCUGCGGCACUGCUUCAUGCCCUUCGUAAUUUCCGAAGACGAGAACAGAAUUUCGGCUUCAAAAAAAUCGUGGAAACGUCUGAGAGCCCGGAAAUGAUACGUGUGGUGAAGGUUAUGCAACAGGUUGCUUGCGAUGCUGAAGGACUGACAAUUCUUAAAUACAAGCUUCUGAUCAAAUGCUGGGCUAGUCCCGACCGUCAGUUGGGCCGAUUUUGGCCAAUCAAGAGCGGUACAUGCAACGACGUUGGAGCCGCAUUCAAAAAGCGCAUCGAGCGCGCGGCCAGAAAGUGCGGCGAUGGGGCUGAGGAUGUGCCUUUCGUCGCUAAAUUGACGCAUGUUGUGUUGCUUGACGGUAAGGAGCCUGCACCUAAAGUUUUUGAAAACUGCGUUGACUAUUUGAUCGAAAUGCUGGAAGAAAUGUCGGAGGGAUUGAAUAAC